AUGCCUAGUGAUGGUUCAAGAAAGGAUCCGGCAUGGAAUUACUCACAUUUGGAGAAUCCGAAAGAUACAAAUGCCGUCACUUGUAACUUUUGUGCAAAAGUUACAAAAGGAGGUAUUUAUCGGGCUAAACAACACUUAGCUGGAGGGUAUAGAAAUGUGAGUGCAUGCCCAAGAUGCCCAUCUAGUGUUAGAGAAGAAAUCAAAGAGUACAUGAGUAAGAAAAAGGAAGAAAAAGAUCAAAUGAAUUUGUUACCUAGUGAUGAAAUUAAUUUCAUUGAUGGAGAGGAUGAGGAUGACAUUAUGGAAGUUAACAAUCGAGGAAAAAGGGUAGCCAGUGCAGGUAGUGGCAGUGCUAGUGUCAAUUCCUCAAAGAUGCAAAAGCAAAAGGGACCGAUUGGUUUAUAUUUCUCUCCCAGACCGGAAAUUGUGGUACAAAAAAGAAAGGAGGGGGGAAAACAAAUAGCCAUUAAUGAUGCAUGCAAGAAAGAGUUGAGAGGAAGAGCGUGUGCUGCUUUUGCAAGGUGGAUGUAUGAUGCAGGAAUUGCAUUCAAUGCUGUUAAGUAUGAUAGCUUUGCCGAGGUUGUUGAAGCAAUUGGACAAUAUGGUCCUGGCAUGAAACCACCUAGUUAUCAUGAGGUGAGAGUUCCUUUGCUUAGGAAGGAAUUGGAUAAUACCAAUACUUUGAUGAAUGACCAUAGAGAGGAGUGGUCAAAAUUUGGAUGCUCAUUAAUGGCAGAUGGGUGGACAGACAAGAGAGGGAGAACAUUGCUUAAUUUCCUAGUAAAUAGUCCAAGGGGAACCAUGUUUAUUGAGUCGAUAGAUACUUCUUCUUUUUCAAAGGAUGGUGACAAGAUGUUUGACUUACUUAAUAAAUUUGUGAACCGCAUUGGAAUAGCAAAUGUCGUCCAAGUCGUCACAGAUAGUGAAUCAAGCAAUAAGUAUGCCGGGAGGAUGUUAGAGAAAGAACACCCACAUUUGUAUUGGACCCCAUGUGCUGCUCAUUGCUUAGACUUGAUGUUGGAAGACAUUGGGAAAAUACCGUCCAUCUCUAGAACAAUGCAGAGGGCAGUGGAGUUGAAUAGUUAUAUUUAUAUGCGACCAAAGUUGUUGAACAUUAUGAGGAACUUCACUCACAAAAAGGAGUUGCUUAGGCCUGCUAAGACUCGAUUUGCUACAUGUUUCAUCACAUUAUCAAGUAUUCACAAACAAAAGAAUAUGUUUACUUCAGAAGAAUGGAAUCGUAGUAAAUGGGCGAAAGAGGAAGCCAGUAAAAGAGUUGCUUCUUAUGUUUUGAUGCCUUCCUUUUGGAACAACAUUGUCUUUAGCCUUAAGGUUUCCGGUCCUCUUAUUCCGGUUUUGAGAUUAGUUGAUGGCGAGAGAAAGCCUCCCAUGGGAUACAUUUAUGCGGCUAUGGAUAGGGCUAAAGAAGCCAUUGCAAAAUCAUUUGGGGGAGUUAUUAUUUGA